UUCAAGCGGCGUUGAUCUUCCUGUCCUUCGCCCAGAUGACUGCAGGUCUGAGGUGUGUGUGCCAGCUUUGCGCCAACCACACCUGUGAGACGACCGCAGACGGAGCCUGCUGGAACUCUGUGAUGCUGAUUGAUGGGAAGGAGGAGACGGACAAGUCGUGCAUGUCGCCCUCCGAGAUGAAGGGCCAGGUCUUCUGCUACAGCUCCCGAAAUGUCUCCAAGAGGAACUGCUGUUUUACGGACUUCUGCAACAAUGAGACUCUGCACCUAAACCCAGAGAGGCCUUUGGAAGAACCCGGCUGGAGCAGGCUGCAUCUCGCUGUGGUGAUCCUGGUGCCCUCCUGCCUGUUUUGUGUGGGGAUCCUGCUGAGUGUGUUCGUUGUGCAGAGCCACCGCUGUGUUUACAGCAGAGCCCACAAGCAGGACCCAGAGGAUCCUCUGGAUGACCGGAUGCUAAUGUCACCCGACAAAUGUCUUAAAGAUCUGAUCUAUGACAUGAGCACCUCAGGCUCUGGAUCAGGUCUGCCAUUGCUGGUCCAGCGGACUAUAGCUCGAACCAUUGUCCUGCAAGAGACCAUUGGAAAGGGUCGGUUUGGGGAGGUGUGGCGGGGAAAGUGGCGAGGAGAGGAUGUGGCGGUGAAGAUCUUCUCUUCCAGAGACGAGAGGUCGUGGUUUCGUGAAGCAGAGAUUUAUCAGACAAUCAUGCUCAGACAUGAGAACAUCUUGGGCUUUAUUGCUGCGGACAACAAAGAUAAUGGCUCGUGGACCCAGCUCUGGUUGGUGUCAGAGUACCAUGAGCAUGGCUCCCUGUAUGACUACCUGAACAGGUACACAGUCUCUCUGGAAGGCAUGGUCGUACUCGCUCUGUCCAUAGCAAGUGGACUGGCACAUCUCCACAUGGAACUUAUUGGAACACAGGGGAAACCUCCCAUUGCUCACAGAGACCUAAAGUCUAAAAAUGUCCUGGUGAAGAAGAACGGCACAGCGGUCAUCGCAGAUUUGGGUUUGGCUGUGAAACACGACUCCAGCACCAACUCCAUAGACAUACCGUCCAACCACAGAGUGGGAACCAAGAGAUACAUGGCCCCAGAAAUCCUGGAUGAGACAAUCAAUAUUAACUGCUUUGAGUCAUUCAAGAGGGCAGACAUCUACUCGCUAGGCCUGGUUUUCUGGGAACUGGCCCGAAGAUGCUCCGUUAGAGGACUUCAUGAAGAUUUCCAGCUGCCUUACUAUGACCUGGUGCCUUCGGAUCCAACCAUUGAGGACAUGAGGAAGGUAGCGUGUGAGCAGAAACUCAGACCCAACGUUCCCAACCAGUGGCAGAGCUGUGAGGCUCUGCGUGUGAUGGGAAAACUGAUGAGAGAGUGCUGGUAUGCCAACCCUGCUGCUCGCCUCACUGCUCUGCGGGUCAAGAAAACAGUGUCUCAGCUGUCUUCUAUCAAGGAUGUCAAAGAUUAGUAGGAUUUGUUGCCCUGCAGACCAGCACUGGUGCUGGCACUGGUGCAACACGAGGGACUGCCAGCAAACUGGGAGAAACUGCAAUGGUCCGAGGCUGCCCUCUUCAGGACACAAAAGCAAUGUUCACCCUCAGAGAGCAACUUGUUGAGAAGAGUUGUUUUUGAUGCCAAAGUAUUGUAGAGGGUGUCAGUGGCUG